UUAUCUUCCCCUGAAUUUUGUGACGACAUAACAUCUUUGAAGUGAACGUUCAGUGUUUGGUCCGUCAUCUCUCAAAAUAGUGUGGUGGAAGCAAACCAGCCAAGUUUGGAUUGCUUUUUUUUAUUCUUUUUUACGGGGGAAUAUCCCCUAAAGCAACAACAACAACACAAAAACAAUUUGAUUUCUGCUGUUUUCACAAGGAACAACUUUAUUCUUCAUUCCUCACACCUAAACACCAUUAUUCCCUGCCACACAGUCUUUUGGGUCGUCAUCGUCGUUAAUGUUGUCAUAGCUGCUUCAUUUUAUUUGUUUUUUCCUUUUUAAAUUAUUUAUCUUGUUCUCCCAUAAGCAUGUAAUUCAAUAUAAGAACUAUUCCAUUCCAAAACACCACCAAGAUGACCAACCAGGAAGUCAAGUUACCUCCAAGAUGGCUCCGUUGCCCACGGAGAGGAAAACCUGUUGUUGGAAAAUUUUUACCUUUCAAGACUCCACUGGACUCGAGAUACAAUGGUCUCGUUGCUGAUGAGUUCAAGUUUGAUGUUGGUCUCCUAUUUGGUUCUGUCAAGCAUUACAAUAUGAAAAUAGGAAUGUGGAUUGAUUUGACUAACACUGACCGAUUCUAUGAAAGCUCUUCAAUUGAGAAGGAAGAUUGUAAAUAUUUAAAAUUAAAAUGCCGCGGUCAUGGAGAAGCACCAUCUGAAGAUCAAACCAAGGUUUUUAUUGAAAUGGCUGCCAAAUAUUUUACCACUCACCCCACAGAUGUCAUUGGUGUUCAUUGUACACAUGGCUUCAACAGAACUGGUUUUCUUAUUGUUGCCUACCUUGUUGAAAAAGAGUCCUGGAGUGUUGAUGCUGCUAUACAGGAGUUUGCUAAAUGCCGUUCUCCUGGAAUAUACAAACAGCACUAUAUCAAUGAUUUAUGUCAGCGUUAUGGAGAUAAAGACAUGAUAAUUUCUGCUCCAAUGCUACCUGAAUGGUGUCAGGAGUACGACGACUCGGUAAAAGAUAAUGAUGACAUAGAAGAAGCCAAUGGUGACCCCAGUCAUGGCACACAAGCAUCAAUGCCAACCAGUGCACCAGGGAGGCACAAGAAGGAAUUCUUCAAAAAGAAUGCCCAGUUCAUGGAAGGUGUAAGAGGAGUAUAUCCUGUUGAAGACCAGUCUCUUCUGUCCAGCAUACAGCGCAAAUGCCAAGACAUGUGUGGAUGGAAGUUUUCUGGGUUUCCUGGCUCCCAACCAGUGUCAAUGGACAUAAACAAUCUCAUCUACCUCAAGCAGAAACCAUACAAAGUUAGCUGGAAAGCUGAUGGAACAAGGUACAUGGCCCUAAUAAAUGGCCCUGACAAUGUCUAUAUGAUCGACCGUGACAACGCUGUGUUCCAUGUACCCAAUUUACAGUUCCCAUCCCGGAAGAUUCCAUCAGAACAUCUCACAGAAACUCUUCUAGAUGGUGAGAUGAUCCUUGACAAAGUCGACGACAGAGUGGUACCAAGAUAUUUAGUCUAUGAUAUCGUCAAAUUUAUGGGUAAAGAUGUUGGCGGCACCGACUUUGAGCGCCGGCUUCUGUGUAUCAAGAAGGAGAUUAUUGAACCAAGACAUUCACGGAUGAUUGAGGGGCUUCUUGACAAAACUAAAGAACCAUUCAGCGUACGAGCUAAAGAUUUCUGGGAUAUCAGCAUCUCAAGAAAGUUACUGGAUGGUAAAUUUACAAGUGAAGUUAGCCAUGAAGUCGAUGGCCUCAUCUUCCAGCCAGCUGGUGAGAGAUAUGUAUGUGGCCGUAAUCCCAAUGUUCUCAAAUGGAAACCAGCAACCAUGAAUUCUGUUGAUUUCCGACUUGAUAUUCGUAAAGUAGAAAAACAAGGAAUGUUACCUGAAACAAAAGGUUACCUGUUUGUUGGACACCAAGACAAUCCAUUUGCAGAAAUGAAGGUGAACAGAGAGAUGAAAGAACUCAAUAACAAAAUUAUUGAAUGUACAUGGGAUGAUGAAAAAUCUUGUUGGAAGUUUCUACGGCAACGAACUGACAAAUCUUUCCCCAAUAGCUACGAUACAGCUUUGGGUGUGUGUAACAGCAUCAGACAUCCUGUCACCAAGGAGAUUCUUCUGGACAUUGUGGAGCGGAAGAGGUCAAUGCCACCAAUGGGCAGUGGCGGUGGUGGCGGCAGCCGGGACCAGGAAUUAAUGCCGCCUCCUUCCAAGAAACGAGCGACAUUUUGCUAACAAUUCCCUUCCCAACACCAACCAACAGUUUAUUCAACCAUCCACCCAUCCAUUCAUUCAAGCCAUCCCCAACAUCCCCUCCCAUCAGUAUAGGCAGGCCCUUCUCUUUCUCUCUCUCUCUCUCUCUCCUUUUAUUUUAAAAAAUUUUUAGACUUUUAAUAAUUUCAGGCCUUGUGCCUAUAUCAUCAUCAUCAUCAUCAUCAUCACAUUAUUAUUAUUGUUGUUAUUAAGGCAAUGGGCUGACAAUUGUUAGCAUCCCAGGGAAAGACUUAGUGGCAUUUCAUCCAUCGCUACGUUCUAAGUUCAAAUUCUGCUGGGGUCGACUUUGCCUUUCAUCCUUUCAGGGUCGAUGAAACAAGUACCAGUUGCGCACUGGGGUCUGUGUAAUCGACUAUCUCCCGCUCCCAAAAUUUCAGGCUUUGUGCCUAUAGUGAAAAGGAUUAUUAUUAUUAUUAUUAUUAUUAUUAUUAUUAUUAUUGUGGUGAGCUGGCAGAAUUGUUAGUAUGCCAGACAAAAUGCUUAGCAUUUAGUAGAAAGGAUUAUUAUUAUUAUUAUUAUUAUUAUUAUUAUUAUUUAUUAAGGUGGCAAGUUGGCAAAAUCAUUAAAACAUUGAACAAAAUGCUUGGAGGUAUUUCUUCUGCUUCUUGGACUUGUGCCAAAAUUAGAGGUUGUUGUCAUUAUUAUUAUUAUUAUUGGGAUGGAAGAUUCAUUAGAACGUUGGACAAAAUACUUUGUGCUGUUUGCUCCAGCUCUUUAUAUUCUGUGUUCAAGUCCUGCUGUGGUCAACUUUGCCUCUCAUCCUAUCAGGGUCGAUGAAAUAAAGUACCGGUCAAGUAGUGAGAUUGAUGUAAUCAGCUAACCUCAUCUCGCUAAAAACUUGCUGGCUUUGUGCCAAAAUUUGAAACCAUUAUUAUUAUUAUUAUUAUUAUUAUUAAGGUUGUUAGCUGGCAGAAUCAUUAGCACACCAGGUGAAAUGCUUAGUGGUAUUUCAUCUGUUGCUGCAUUCUGGGUUCAAAUUCCACCGAAGUCGACUUUGCCUUUCAUCCUUUCGGGUUUGAUUAAAUAAGUACCAGUUAUGCACUGGGGUCAAUCUAAUCGACUUAGUCCCUUCCCCCAAAAUUUGAGGCCUUGUGCUUCCAGUAGAAAGAAUAAUUAUUAUCAUUAAGGUUAUUAGCUGGCAGAAUCGUUAGCAUGCCAGGCGAAAUGCUUAGUGGUACUUCAUCUGUUGCUAUGUUCUGAGUUCAAAUUCCACUGAGGCCGAUUUUGCCCUCCUUCUUUUUGAGGUCAUUAAAACAAGUACCAGUUUCCCCAUCCCCCAAAAUUUCAGGCCUUGUUCCUAUAGUAGAAAGGACUAUCAUUAUUAUUAUUAUUAUUAAAGCUGUCAGCUGGCAGAAUUGUUAGCAGACCAGGCGAAAUGCUUAGCAGCCAGCAUUUCGUCCAUCUUUACGUUCUGAGUUCAAAUUCCACUGUGGUCAACUUAUCCUUUCAUCCUUUCUGGGUCAAUAAAAUAAGGACUAGUUGAGAGCUAGUGUCACUGUAAUUAAACUCUCUUCCAAAUUUGCUGGCCUUGUGCCAAAACUUGAAACCAUUAUCAUCAUCAUCAUCUCCAUCACCAUCAUCAACAUCAUUAACAUCAUUAUUAUUAUUAUUAUUAAUAUUAUUAUUAUUAUUAUUAUUGGCCUAGGUGAAGGUUUAUUGUCGCUUUUUGACUAUUCCUUCUCUUCUUGUUGUCUCCUCCCCAAUACCCAAGCCCCAUGCUUACAUUUCCAUUCACACACUUCCACUAAAUGAAAGAACACAGACAUGCAUUCCCAUGCAUGCACGUAUGAAGCAGAUAAUUAAUUCACAACAUGGUCAGGCAGAGUUACUUGGUAUGGGCAUUCCUUGAGGUGACGAAUAGACAAAUGAAUUUUGUCAAUAUGUUGUUUGUUUGGUUUUUUUUUUUGGUUUUUUUUUUACACUUGAAAGAUUAAUCUGUAGUGAGAAACUCUGAGUAUCAAAAUCAGAAAUAAUCAGCUUCAGGUGAAUAAAUAAACUCUAUUACAUGUAUUGCA